ACAGUGAAAAUAUGUUUUGAUAGAUACAGCAUGAGCAAAUGCGUAAGCCUCCAGCAGGGGUCUCUCGAGAUCAGGGAAUGUUCUCCUGCCCACUUCUAAUGGUUCACUCCUGCAGCAUGUUUUGUAGUUGUCAUGGUAACAUUUUACUAGUUCCGUCAACAAAAUCGCCGAGAGACUCCUCGUCAAGGUCCAUGUGAAACAGUUGGGAAACUUGACGGAAUGCAGGACAAAUAGAAGUAUCUGGCUGGAAGAAGCUUGUUUUGUAUCCAAAUAUGUUGGCCAGUCAGACUAGAAAUAAGCCGCAAUGUCGCGAGUUUACGGGACCAACACCUCAUUCAGUGGCUGUGAGGGCGAGGUUCCCAUCAUCCAGGCCUCCAGACUACCUCAUCCUGGAGAGAAGGAAACAGGAGGAGGCCCGGGACAAGGUGUUGGAGUUCACCAAGUACCAGAACACCUGUGACCUUAAGACGCGCUGGGAGAAGAACUCUGACCAGCGCAUUGUGUUGGGAACCAUUGAGAGACGGGUCAAAGAUGCCAUGGGGCAGUAUCAGAUGAGCAUUGAUGAGAGGAGGGAGAGACUGCACGAUAUGUUGGAGGCAGAGGAGAAGGAACUCCUGAGAGAAAUGGAGACCAAGAAGGAGACAGUGCUGGAGAAACAAGCCAAGAUGCGAGAGAGAGCCAAGUUACUGCGAGAGAGGAGGGAGAGUGAAAGGCUAAGUGUGGUUGAAGACAAGCUUGAACAGCUAUUCAGAGAGCAGAGUGAGGAGCUCCGGGCUGAACAGACUCGACGCAGGCAGGACGAAAUUUGCACUGAGCGGGCUGCGCAGCUACGUACACGGCUGGUGGCGCAGCGGCAGAAAGAGGAGGAGGAGCAGCUCUUUGCUCAGCUGUGGGAGAGCGACCGGCGAGCCAAGGAGGAGCGGGAGGGCCAGGAGGCACAGAGGCAACGCGAGAGUAACCUGCAGCAGCUGGCCUACCUGCGUGUUCAGAUGGAGGCUGCAGAGCAGCAGAGAGAACAGGCCAAGCAGCUCAAAGAGGAGGAGGCCCAGCUACUGAGGGAGCAGAGAGAGAUGCUGCGUCUGGUGGAGCAGAGAGAGCGCCGUCAGAAGCUCCAAGGUCAGGAGAGCCGACGCAGGCUGCUGGACCACUCUCUGAGGCUGAAGAUGAAGCGCCAGGCCAGGGAGCAGCAGGAUGAGCUGGCGCUGGACAUGAGCAUCCUGGAGCAGCUGCUGACGGAGGAGAGAGAUGAGAAACAGGGCAAGGUCACGAGGAAGCUUGAGCUGCGAGAGGAGCAGAGUAGGUACCAGCAGUACCUGGGCGAUCAGCUUGAGGAGCAGAAGAGACAGGAGGUGGAGACAGAGCAGCUGAUCGAGGCGGAGCUAAAGCAGACCUGGACCCGGAGGGCAGAGCAGUGUCACAAAGAGAAACAGGCCAGGGAUAGGCUGAUGAAGGAUGUGAUGGACACACGCCGCCUGCAGAUCCAGGAGAAAUUGGAUUUUAACAAGCAGAAACAGGCUCAGCUGGCUGAGGAGAGAGAUGAGCUAAACAAAACCAUACAGGAGAACAAACUGCUGGAUGAGGAAGAGAAAACUCGUGUGAGACAGGGCUGUCAGGAGUUCCAGGCAGACCUGCUGGCCCAGAUGAUGUACCAGCAGCAGUUGCGUGAUGAGGGGAGGUCUCAGACAGAGCAGGAGCACCAGCAGGGCCUUGUCUACCAGGAGCAGUACAACAGGAAGAUGCAGGAGAUCCUCUCCAGGCCUACCUCACACACCAGGGCUGUCCACCCCUUCAGGAGAACCUCUUCCACUAACCCUCAGGGACAGUUUAGCUUGGAGUAACCUAGCAUGUGAAGUAAAGCAAAUGCAUUUAUGGCCUGGCUCGGCAGGGAACACGUACUUUCAUAAUUCAACCAACGUACACAAACACUUAUCUCUAACAAUCAUACACACUAAUCUCUAACAAUCAUACACCCACACGAACACAUGCCUAACCCUGUUUUACCUCACAAACACACAUCUCCGACCAGUGCUCUAUGUGUAAUCCUCUUAAGACAAAUCGAAAAUUAGCUGUCCAAGUUUCUCAGAAAAUGGCUAAUGGAUAUUAAAUGCAAAUAAAAAAAGUUUAAUCAUAA